UAUAACAUAAACAAUUGUCCAUUGUUUACUUCACAUAAUUAUAAUAGCAAACCUUAAUGUAUUUUUCUUUAUCUAUCUGUCUAUAGGUUAUUAAUACAUUUUUUAGUUAUCUGUGCCCGUAACUAUAUUAUCAGAUUCAUAGAUUAAAUGAAACACCUCAAAUGUUUCAUUUAUUCUAUUUCAUAAAUAUUUGCAAUUGUGAUACUAAAAUACUUGAAUAGCCAAUAAGUGCCUAUCCUGAUUAUAAUAUAAUACAUUUAUUCUAUCAUAAUUCAUAGUACUUAUGUCCUAUUACAAAUGUAUUAAACUAUUGAAAUAAUAGAUUAUGGGAAGAAGAGUGGAAUAAAACUAAACUGAACACAGCUUCAGUGGCACAUCCAAAAAAAAAUUCUAGACAUACCACUGUUUGCUAUUUGGAAUUAUUUUUAUAUAGGUAAGAUUUUUAUUAUGAUUUUUUAUUGAUCACGUACAACUUUUUCUGGUGAAGUCAUUAGCUUUUAUAUAUUUUUAAAAUACAUUGAAACAUAUUAACUUACAUUUUAUUUUGUGUAUAUAAUAUUAUAUAUAGAAAAGUAAAUUGCUUAAUUUUGUAACAUUAUUAUAUUUGUUUAUCCAAUCCAGUAUCUAUGAGCCUUGGGAGAAGGAAUGUGGUCAUUUGAGAUUUAUAAAUAUAUGAUAGGCAGCCUAAUAAGAUGUGUUUAACUGUUAUUGUCGCUCCACAGAACGAGCAGGUUGUUAGCUGUUCAUUUUUCAUUCGGUGAAUUUGUCAUAUAUGGGGAAUUCUCAAUAUAUUGAUUAUUGUUUUUUUAUUUUUUAUUUUAAUGUUCUAUCUCAUGUCAUGCUAUAAUAUUUCUUUAAUUUUAUAAAGUAUUAAGCUAGAGUAAAUGUUCACACUGUUUUUUAUGUCAAAGAUUAAUGUUUUAUUAGAUUAGAGAUUACUAGUGGUAUUGCUCAGCAUCUUUUGCUUGUCGAUCUACUUAUUAAUUCAAUCAGAUAUAACAGUGUCUUCUUACCCAAUUAAUGAUAAUAUUUUUGUUUAAUUUUGUAGUGUAUUAAUUAUUAUUGUUAGAAUUUCAUUGAAAUGGAAGUUAUUUUGUUUGCUGUGGAUGGUACUUAGAAACUUGUGUCGAGCCGUCGAAGGUGAAUAAAAAAGAGAAGCACAGCGGACGAGAAGAACAAAACGAUGAAGUCCGUUUCGUUCGCCGCCGUCGUCUUUUGCGUCUUGGCGCAACAAAUCCGGUCGUCGGAAAUCCUGGUCAUAUUCCCGACCACCGCUCAGAGUCAUUACCGCGUCGUCCGACCGCUAAUCCACGGUUUGCUGGACCGCGGACACAGAGUACUGGCGAUCACGAAUUUCCCGGACACCGCGGUAAGGGCCAAUCUAUCGCAUAUCGACAUUUCCGGUUUGAAACCGCACUCGAAAUUCACGACCGGCCGCCUCGGUCUGGCGAAGAUGAUGUCACACAUAACGGGAAACGCCAACGCGUACGCGACCGUUCUCGGGCACCCGCCGGUCGUGGAACUCCUGCGGUCCGGUCGGAAAUUCGACUUGGUGAUCGCCGAAUUCUUCACGUCCACGCCGAUAUUCGCACCGAUCGCCGCGGUCGUGGACGCGCCGAUCGUUGGCUUUUGUCCGAUGAUACAAUUUCCGUGGAUAAACGAUCUGAUGGGAAUGGACACGGUCGCGUCUUACAUGCCCACUCUGAUCAGCGAUUCCGGAGACCGCAUGUCGUUUGUCCAGCGAGUCGGUAACGCCGUCAAAUCGGCAAUCAUAAACGUAGGGUUUAAUCGGUUGAACUCGCGCGCGAUUCGGGACGUCGUCGAACGCCAUUACGACGGCUUACGAACGGAAUCGGCAGUAGAAGCGAUGGCCAAUUUAACCAUGAUUAUGACGAACAACUAUCGUAGCGUGUUUUUACCCUAUCCCUCGCUGCCGGGAAUCGUCGAGGUCGGCGGUAUCCACGUGGUCGACGAAAAGCCCGUCUCGCAAGACUUGAACGAUUUUAUAAACGACGCGGAUCACGGAGUGAUUUUAUUCAGUUUGGGCUCUGUCGUGUCGGAAUCGUCGAUGGGCACCGACAAACUGUACAACAUACUCGACGCAUUUUCGAGACUUAAACAACGAGUAAUCAUGAAGUUUGAUGACGAAAAACACAAAAAAGAAAUACCGACGAAUGUAAAAGUGGUCAAAUGGUUUCCACAACGAGAUCUUCUAGCGCAUCCAAAGGUAUUAUUAUUUAUAACACAUGCUGGUAUUAUGAGCGUAAUCGAGACGAUACACUGCGGAAAACCAAUAGUAGCCAUACCGAUGUUUGGCGAUCAAAUUGUCAAUACCCAUUUGUUGGUCGAAAAACAAGUGGCUGUCACUAUAAAAUACGCACAUUUGAAGAGUGAUCAACUUUUCGACGCUAUCAAUGAAGCAUUGACCGAAAAAUAUUUAAUUAAUAUGAAAAAAUUGCAACAGCUGUAUAAUGAUCGACCGCAUUCUCCUCUCGAAACAGCAGUAUACUGGACUGAGUAUGUAAUUAGAAAUAAGAACGAGUCAAAAGAACUGUUAAAAAGCGAAAGGAUUCACUUAAAUUUGUAUCAAACGUAUUUAAUCGAUAUAUUUACUGCUUUUCUACUCCCACCUAUUAUAGCGAUAUACAUAAUACUAUGGACAAUGAAACGUCUAAGAAAGAAUUGAGUGGAUUAUCACACGGGGUGCGUUGUUCUUUUUUUUAUGUAUAAUUAUAAUAUUAUUUUCAUGCCUAUUCUAGUCUAUUUAAUUUAAGUAAAAAAUCCUGUUGCAGCUCUAAACCGCUAUAGAAUAUUAUGUUAAUUUAAAAAAACUACUCAUCACACAUAAAAUACAGAAUCUUUAUUUUGUUA